AUGCUGAAGGGUGAGGAUCAGAAGGAGGGCGGGUGCAGGCCGCCUCCGCCAGCAGCGAUCGCGCUGUCGGACAAGAAAUCUGAAGCUCGGGACCCGCCGGGAACCCAGGAGUCGGAGGGAGAAGAGGUGGGAGCAGUGGAUGGGAAGAGGGAGAGCAGCCUGUGCGUGGGGCGGAGUACAGGGGACCGCUCGCUCUGCGAGUUCUUGCCAUUCUGA